AUGAGCCCGCGAAUCACCGUCAGUGGCGCGCCGGGCGCGUGCACCAUGGGCGUGGUGCACGAGCCGCCGUACAUGGACAUCGUCCGCAACGGCGACGACGUCACGUACUCGGGCUACAUCGUCGACGUCCUGAACGCCGCGGCUGCGCGAGGCGGCUUCACGUACACGUUCACCGCGUUGGACGAGUCGGCGCUGCUCGCGGGGGAGGAGACGUACACGGACCUCCUGAUGCGCACCGUCUCGGAGCAGCGCUUCGACGUCCUUGCGUCGGGGUGGUACGACACGGCGGAACGACGGCGGCUCGGCGUGCUGUUUGGCCGGCGCAUCAUCGACGUCAGCGGCUACGUCGUGGCGCCGAAGAACGACGCCGCGAGGAAGCCGUCCGCGGGGCAGAAGAUCGCCCUGUUCACCAAGCCUUUCUCGUGGGGGGUGUGGGCCAUCAUCCUCUCCCUCCUGUUUUUCCAAGCCUCGAUCAUGUUCUUCCUCGAGCGCCACCGGAUGCGCCGCGCCGCGCAGGCCCGCACGCUCCUGGCCGAGGACCUGCGCCGCGAGGCGUCCGAGAGGGCGAGCGCGGACGCGGGCGGGCGCGAAGUGCGGAGCGCGCUCUCCGGCAGGGUCAUGCGCUCGGUCCCGACCACGCUGCACAACGCGGCGUGGCGCGUCGACGCCACGCAGAACGAGCAAAGCGUCCUGCACACAGAGGAGCCCCGCAGCACGAAGGCGCGGCUCGCGUGGCUCGAGGCCUACACGCAGUCGGCGUACGAGACGAUCUCGCACGUGUCGCAGGCGGAGGACGCGCACGUGCCGGUGUCUUGGAUAGCGCGCAUGCAGAACAUCGUGUGGUGCUUCCUGGUGCUGCUCAUCAUCUCGGCCUACACCGCCAACCUCGCGACCUUCCUCAUCGUGCGCUCGCAGCCAAUGUCGAGCAUCACCGGCAUCGGCGACCUGAUGGUCAAGCGUCUCCCCACCUGCGUCCCGACGGACACGGGCCUCGGCGAGUUCGUUCAGGCGAAGUACCGCAGUUUGAACGUGGUGGACUCGCCGUGGCUGGCCGGCAUCGACAGACUCGUGGCCAGGCAGUGCGCGGCGAUCAUCAUGCCGCUCUUCGACGCGCAGCAGGCGCUCGCGAGCGGCCCGGGCUGCGAGCUCGGCGUGCAGGGACAGCCCCUGGUGGACUUGAGCGGGGCGUUCGCGUACUCCCCCUCCUCGGGCAACGGAGGGUGCGGGCCGCAGGUCAUGGUGGUGAUCGACACGCUGCUGUCCCUGCUGAGCGAGGACAACGUGAUGCAGGAGCUCUGGGAGCCGUACGUGCAGCCGCAGUGCCCCGGCGAGGAUGACAGUCUCGGUCUGACUGAGCUUGAAGAGAAGGUGGCGCUGACGGUGGAGGGGUUCUCGGGGCCGUUCCUGGUCUACGGCUGCGCGACGGCGGUGUUCAUGACCAUCGCCGUCGCGCUGCACCUCACGGAGGCCGCGCCGCACAGACUCGGGAAGAAGAUGGAUAGCGGCGUCACCGUCGGCGUGCAGGCGCUGGACGUGGCGUAG